AGCCAAAGAUGUCGGCUCGGUCAUGUGAUCAGCUGUGUCCAAUCACAGCUGAUCACAUGACAUGUACACUGAUUAUCAGAGCACUGAUGAUCAGUGUGCCCUGAUGAUCUGUGUAGCCCCAGCAGCGCUACCUGUCAGUGUCCAUCAGUGCCAGCUGUCAGUGCUCAUCCAUGCCACCUGCCAGUGCCCAGUGCCACAUCAGGGCCACAUUUCAGUGCCCAUCAGUGUCACAUCAAUGCCACAUAUCAGUGCCCAUCUGAGCUACCUUUCAGUGUCACCCAUCAGUGCCAGUCAGUGUCACCUAUCAAUGCCAGUCAGUACCACCUAUCAG